AUGCACACCAAUGCAGCAGACUCAGAGGUAACAAGCCUCUCAGCUUCAUCCCCCACAAGAUCUCCCACCCGUCGACCAGCCUACUUCGUCCAAUCUCCUUCACGUGACUCCCACGAUGGAGAGAAAACCGCAACAUCAUUCCACUCAACACCCGUUCUCAGCCCCAUGGGAUCUCCUCCCCACUCUCACUCCUCCUCCAGCCGCUUCUCCAAGAUCAACGGCUCUAAGCGCAAACCACACGGUGGAGACAGGAAGUUCGCAAUGAUCGAAGAAGAAGGUUUGCUCCAUGAUGGUGACAGAGAACAAGAAGGUUUGCCUCGUCGUUGCUAUGUUUUAGCAUUCAUCGUUGGAUUCUCUUUGCUCUUCGCUUUCUUCUCUUUGAUCCUUUAUGCAGCUGCUAAGCCUCAGAAGCCUAAGAUCUUAGUCAAGAGUAUAACGUUUGAGCAACUUAAGGUUCAAGCUGGACAAGAUGCGGGAGGUAUAGGAACCGACAUGAUCACGAUGAAUGCGACAUUGAGAAUGAUGUAUCGUAACACAGGGACAUUCUUUGGUGUUCAUGUUACUUCUUCUCCGAUCGAUCUGAGUUUCUCGCAGAUCACUAUUGGUUCUGGAAGUAUUAAAAAGUUUUACCAAUCAAGAAAAAGCCAAAGAACGGUGAUAGUGAAUAUGAUUGGAGACAAGACUCCUCUCUACGGAAGUGGUUCGACCUUAGUCCCACCCCCACCUCCUGCACCACUUCCGCCAAAGAGCAAAAAGAAGAAAGGACCCAUCGUGAUCGUCGAGCCACCAGCACCUCCUGCUCCCGUGCCAAUGAGGUUAAACUUCACCGUUCGAUCUCAUGCUUACGUUUUGGGGAAACUAGUUCAUCCUAAAUUCUACAAGAGAAUCGUGUGUUUGAUUAACUUCGAACACAAGAAACUCAAUAAACAUAUUGCACUCACAAACAACUGCACCGUCACUACUGUUUGA